GCGUACGCAAAUUCACUAGCUCCUCACCGACCGCAACAGCAGCUGGGGAAGCAAACCUAUUCGUUGAACGAGGAUCCGUGGAAAAAUCUUUGUGAAAGUGUAAACAGACGACAUAACAGCUGAAUUAAACCGCUCUGAAGCAUUGUUUCUUUGUCAACUGAAUAACGGAAACAGUCGUCGCUUUUCGCCGGUACCGAGGAUAAUACAAAACUUCCCAAAGAGGAAUUCUUCAUUCAGGAUGUCGGAGUGAAACAAAGAGGUCUUGGGGCAUUCCUGUCAGAUAGGGGCUGAACUUCAUCCUUGUGGCCUUCUCUGAAUGGGAAAGAUGGAAAGGGAGUUAGAAUGGUGGAAAGGACAGCUAGCAGGGGAUAUCCAUCAGUCCCUCCGCAUCAAGGAGUUGAAGCUGCCUGUGUACCGGGCCCACUCCCCUCAGAUAGGGAUGCGUCGGUACUUUGCAGACCUACUGGCCAUAUUGUCGAACCGCUACCAGCUGUGUCCCACAGCCAGACACCUGUCUGUCUACCUACUGGACCUGUUCAUGGAUCACUACGAUGUAGCCGUCAAACAGCUCUACGUCAUCGCCCUGUCCUGCCUGCUCCUUGCCAGUAAGUUUGAGGAGAGGGAGGACCGGGUACCUAAGUUGGAGCAGCUCAACUCCCUGGGCUUCAUGUGUUCUCUGAACCUUGUUCUCAACAAGAGAGACCUCAUCAAGAUGGAGCUGCUGCUGUUGGAGACGUUCAGCUGGAACCUGUGUAUGCCCACCCCGGCCCACUUCAUAGACUACUACCUCCAGGCCUCGGUGCAGGAGGGAGACCUGUACAACGGCUGGCCUCUCUCCUCCCUCUCCAAGACCAAAACCUUUAUGGACAAGUACACACACUACUUCCUGGAGGUGUCACUGCAAGACCAUGCGUUCCUGAGUUUCCGGCCGUCUCAGGUGGCAGCAGCGUGCAUAGCGGCGUCUCGUAUCUGUCUCCAGAUUUCUCCUAGCUGGACCACGUCUCUACAUCUACUGACUGGCUACACCUGGGGCCACCUCACACACUGCAUCAAACUCAUGCUGCUUGCACAUGACAGCGACAUGAAGGAGGCCAACAAACCCAAAUCAACCCCUCCGUUGUCUCGAUCCGCCUCUCUCCAGUCUCACCCUCCUCUCUCCCACCUCUCCCCGGUCCCAGCCAUCCAGAGACCAGCUACCUCCUCCUCCACCCCCCAGCAGCUCUUCUUCCAGCCCAGCCCAGUGGGCUUCCCACACCUCUCCCCCUCCCUGUCCCAGCUCCACGCACUAGCCGACUCCCAGGCUUUGGAGCCUGCUGGAGUCAACAUGUCCCAGGACUUCCUCCAGAGCCACAGGAUGGGGCUGCUCGCUGGGGCCAACACCAUGACCUCCACAGCAGGGGCCUUCCCCUCCUAUCCUAGCCUGACUUUGGGGCUGCAGCCUGGGGCUCGGGUGGCACCGCUGGCCUUGCAGGGCCCCAUCUCCAUGCAGGUAGCCUUGGCUGCGGAGCCGAGACACUGCCUCAGCAUGGCCUACAGCCGGGGGUACCUGGGGGGCGUGGGCCCCCACCACACCUUCACGGCAGCGGGCUGCUUCGACAGAUGACGCCAGGAGACGGAGGAGAGGAUGAACAGCAAACCACCCCGAGCCAGGGACAGGGAGCGUUACAAUCCUCUCCCAUCACUACUUCCUCCACCUCUCCGGUCCCUGGCAGACCUCCUCUCUCUCUCCAUCAGCACCCCGCCCCCCUCCUCGGCCGCCCCUUGCCCCGCGCCCCCCACCUUCAGACAGAGGCGGAGAGAAAGACUGCUCAAACGCAAGCAAAGGUCGAAGGGCACCGAGGACCCCAUGGAAGUCAUCACACUGACAUGACGCCACUGACUGAUGUUGAACACUGUGUUCUAAUCACGUCACAGGAACGUGAAGCCAAAUGGUCACCGUAUGUCCCUGGUUAAGAUGCUGUUAUCACUGUGAACCAGAGGCAAUGCAGCAUGAUUCCUCCUCAGUGCCUUCUGGGUUUUGACCAGAGUGAUUUCUGUCUGAAUUCAGCUGAAGUGCUGCUCGAUCUCUCUCACUGUAAUCAACUCCACUGAAGACGAGAAAUAGGCCAUUAAAUUAAAGUUUUGAGCUGCUGAAUUGGGAACAGUGGUAUGACUUGUUAUAAGCAGACAUACCAGUGAGUUGAAGAUGCAAUGUCACUUGCUAUGUCUGUGUGUGUGUGUGUGUGUGUAUAUAUAUCGGCUUUAUAUCACUCUUAUGACAGUGAAUAACUUGAUUAUGUCACUAAGUGCUACAGGGAGCCCUCUGAGAAUUCCUACCCAUAAUCCUCAAUGGAUGGAUAGGGAGGGGAGGCCAGAGUUCAUUGUUCUGUCACUGCAGAGGAAUUCCACAGUUAACACACCUGUCAUGUUUUGGUUCUCUUCCCAUUCUCCUUCCUUUUUGAGCGAGAGAGAGUAUUAAUGUAGCAUUCUAAUUCUAUGCUUGGAACUUUGUUGAUGUGUAAAUAAUGACAUGCUGCUGCCUUCUCUAUGAACUGAUGGUUCUGUGUGAGCUGAAGACUUGUUCCCAUGAACCACAGUGUGUAUCAGGGACUUGAUGUAACAGAUUACUUGAAUACGAUGCCAUUGAAACGGGACGUACAUUUUUAAUUUAAGUUGUUGCUUUAUUUUAUUUUCCUUGGUUGUUUUUGUUUAGUUUUUUUAUACCCGUGUGAAACAUUUUUUACGUUUUAAUUUGUAUUUUAAAUGUAAAAAGCCAUUGUAUAGCAACUGAAUAUUCAGGCUCAGGUUGUUAGGCUGAGGAUAUCCAAUCAGCCAUCUCCUUAUUGAGGAGGUUACCCAAUCAGCUGUUUUCUUACUAGUUUGUGUGCUUUAUGUAGAUGCUAGCAUGGCACCCAAGAGGGUUUCUCACUUCUCUCCCAGAGGAAGAGAACCUGCCUUUUUAAAUGACAUACUAAGAUAUAUAAAACACACUGUUUGCAUCCUGAUGGAAUCCGUGACCUCUCGGUCGAUGAAACACCCAGCCCAUCUGCAGCUUAAUCACUAGUUGCUUCCCACAUUUCCAAAACUUCCACUUCCUGCUGGAAUGUAAACACAUCCAGAUUCCCCUUCUGCGUCACAGGCGGUUUCGCUGGUUACCGUGGCGAUGGCCAACAAUCUAAAUCAGGGGGCUCACUCAGAAGGACAGUUGGAAGGUUACAGAAUGUUUAGAUGCCCAUAACUGAUCUAAACAGCACGUUUCUAUCUGUUGUGCAGAGCAGGGAAUGAUGGAAGCUCUAGAAAUCACAUUUCUAUCUGCAACAGUGUUAACUUCUGGUCCUUUUCUGUCGGUAUGCUUUGAAUGUGUACAUUUUUACUAUGGUUGUACCUUGUCCCCAACAGUUUUCAUACUUGAACUAUGCUGAUACUACUACGGCUGUGUUCUGAUUCUCAAUGUUCUGGGCUUAGAUAUCGAGACACUUCCAUUGAACACUGUGAAGCCUGGCUUUAGCAAGAUAUCUGGCAAGCAUCUUUUUAUAGCAUAAACAUACCUUACUGUAGUCUAGAUUAGUAUUUUACUACAAAUGGAAUGAAGGGCUUAGUAGGAACCAAAUGCAUCUUCCGGACUGAUCUCUUCUGAACUGUCAAUCCGACUCACUGUAUGGUCAUCACUACUUUUAUAGACAAAAGGAUUCUUCCUUUUAACUUCGUAUAGUUUUUUUUAAAGUGCAUUUGAUUUAGUCUUGUUCUUCCUGUGUUAAUAAAGAUGGAUGCGGUCGGUGUGGAGUACUAGGUCAUAUUCAUUAGGCACCAAACAGAAGUGGAGUACUAGGUCAUAUUCAUUAGGCACCAAACAGAAGUGGAGUACUAGGUCAUAUUCAUUAGGCACCAAACAGAAGUGGAGUACUAGGUCAUAUUCAUUAGGCACCAAACAGAAGUGGAGUACUAGGUCAUAUUCAUUAGGCACCAAACAGAAGUGGAGUACUAGGUCAUAUUCAUUAGGCACCAAAUGGAAGUGGAGUACUAGGUCAUAUUCAUUAGGCACCAAACAGAAGUGGAGUACUAGGUCAUAUUCAUUAGGCACCAAACGGAAGAAGACUGACACAGGGAGGGACUAAAUCAGAUUUUUGUUUAUUGGACAAGUUCGCUUUGGCUACGGUAUGACCUAUUGAAUAAGACCCUGUUUUAAGUUUAAAAAACUAUCUUCCCUCACUAAAAAGCUACUUCUCUCACUGAGGUCUCAAGGUUGUUUUGUUGACAGAACCAUAGCAUUAGAAUAAUUCAUUCUGUUUAUGGCUAGAACUCUUCUCACAGCCAUCACUGUCUAGCCCUCACUACUGGUUCAUCUUUCAGGACUUAUUCUUUGACAUUAUUUUGUGAUUUGACUCCAUGUUGCUCCUUGCUGCCAGAAAGCAGAGAGCUCUGAACACAUAACUAUGUUGCAUAUUGCAGCCUUGACUGGUGUACUGCACAUGUUGCUAUAGCGAUACUGUGCAUUUUUCUAUGUACACAGAACUGUGCUGAUACCAAACAACCACACUACUUGUUAUUUCAUUCGACAUGAGAAAUGUCCCAGUAUUUUUGUUGAUAAAGGGGCUUUUAUCAGAUGAGCCAUUGAAAUAAACAACAAACUGAAUAUCUUCA